UGACUCCGCCCCCUCAUGCUGCUGCUGGAGCAGUGCUGAAGUCUGUGUGUUUCGGCACCGGGCUGCCGGACUGACUGAGUGUCAGCGGUCUGGGGGUUGGUUUGUUUUUUUGCCUAUUAUUCUCAGUAAAAAAAAAUGGCUUCCGACGGUAUGGACGAGCGUUCGCCGCUACUGUCGGCGCAGAACUCCGGCAAUGUGACGCCCACGGCGCCGCCGUACCUCCAGGAGCCCAGUCCGAGAGCUGAGCUUCCUCCCCCAUACACAGCCAUUGCCAGUCCCGAUACAGGAGGCGUGCCAGUCAUUAACUGCCGAGUGUGUCAAUCUCUCAUAAACCUGGAUGGGAAGCUCCAUCAGCAUGUUGUGAAGUGCACGGUCUGCAAUGAGGCCACGCCAAUCAAAAACCCACCAGCUGGGAAAAAGUAUGUCAGAUGUCCCUGCAACUGCCUGCUAAUUUGUAAAGACACAUCCCGGAGGAUAGGAUGCCCUCGACCCAACUGCAGACGGAUUAUCAACCUGAGCCCAGUGAUGGUGAUCCCAGAGGAGCAACCUGCACAGCCGGCACUUCCUAUUCAGCCUGAAGGCCUGCGUGUGGUGUGCGGCCACUGCGGCAACACAUUCCUCGGUAGUGAUGAUGCUGGGUCCCAGCCGUCCUCUGGUGUGCAUGUUGAUGAUGCAUCUGCUGCCCGCAAGUGGAUGGAGCUCCGAUUUAAUACACUGGCCAAGUGUCCACAUUGCAAAAAAAUCUCUUCCGUUGGCAGUGCUCUACCCAGGAGACGCUGCUGUGCUUACAUCACAGUAGGAAUGAUCUGCAUUUUCAUUGGAAUUGGACUAACAGUUGGAACCCAGGAAUUUGCCAGCAGGUACCAUGCUACCUAUGUGUCAUGGGCCUUUGCCUAUCUGCUCGGUCUUAUCUGCCUGGUACGGGCCUGCUACUGGGGAGCAAUUAGAGUCAGCUAUCCAGAGAACACCUUUGCAUAGAUAAAAUGUCCGUGAUCGUUCAUUUAACCCUUUUUAGGAUUUAAUUUUAUCCUGAUUUUAACAGGUGUACAUUUGACUGGUCAUUCUAUCUAGGUGAGCUAUAAUCGAGGCUGGAAAUUUACACAUUAUAUUCUGAUUGGGUGUAAAAUAUAUAUAUAUAUAUAUAUAUAUAUAUAUAUAUAUAUAUAUAUAUAUAUAUAUAUAUAUAUAUAUAUAUAUAUAUAUAUAUAUAUAUCAACAGUCUGACUGAUCAAAUAUUUAAAAUAUAAUGAAAUCAGCAUUGGGAAAUGAUCUUUUGAUCAAUUGGAAAAAUAUAAGUUUGGUACGUACGCCUCAUGGAUUGUUGUAACUCCUACUGGAUAGACUGUGCGUGUGUGUGGGUGUGCUGCGUUUUGUUAAUGACUUGACCAAAAUGAACAAUUUGUCCAUUGCACUACAGUUUUAUGCAAAUAUCCUGUUCUUUUUGCUGCUAGUUGUCAGCUGUAAAAAGCUGCAAGUUGUUAAGUAUUAAAAGCUGCCCACACUAAACAAGGUACUGUGUUACAUUUAUAGAAUCUUACAUCUUACACGUGCCAAUGUUUGUGCUCAUAUCUCUUGGGGAAGAAAAUUUCUCACUACUCUUGAAUCCGUAUUGUUGGAGCCGCUCAAACCCGCAGUGAGAUUAUUGCGGCUUUUUAGAGUAAUUAAAUACGGCAUGCUUACAAACGUCAAAGCUCAUGAUUUGACUCCAGUGAGACUUAAAUGUUUUGCAUGAUAUUCAUUUGAUUAAUUUUUACCACAGGUCCGUGUUCCUCUGUCAAUGAAAGGUCACUGUGGAAGUUUUAGGCCCUAAUUUCCAGCCUUCCUCUGUAUACGUAGAAUGGAAACGCCUCAGCUAUCUUGUUCAUGCUAAUAUCACAGUAGUUCAUUAACUUUGGCAAGGCGACUGGGCACAACUGUAGUAACUAAUCCUGUUCUGAAUGUGAAGAGCAAGUUUCUUUGUAUAUAGUUUAUUCAUUGCACCUAGACUAACUUAAGUUGGAGUAUGGUUUGGCUCUUUUUAAAAAUGGUAAUUUAUCAAUAAAAUAAAAAAAGAACUCCCUUUCUGUCCA